GAAAACAUUUUUUCAUCAAUCAAUCACAUUUAUGGCAUUUGGCCAAAGCUCUUAUUCAGCAACUUUUUUAUCUCUUUUAUACACCUGAGUAGGUGAGGGUUAAGGUUAGUCUCAGUAACCCAGCAGUAGCAGCUUGGCAAUGCUGACAUUUGAACUCGUGGACUUCUGAUCAGUAGUCCAAUGUCUUACCCACUGAGCUACCCCUGCUCAUAUUACUCCCGCUUGGUGAAGCGCUGUAAAUACAUGUUUCCCACUAGGAAGUUGCACAUGAAUGACCCCUCAAGUCAUAAUUACGACUGGGAAACUCAGAAAUAAUUUUGAUACCCGAGUUUCCGAGAUGGGAGGAGUCUUAAGCAUUAUUGCAUUUCUCGUUAAACGCAAAAAUUAUCUGGCUGCGCUGGGAGCUUACAGACUUCUACCAAGUAUUUUUUAGUUUUGUUUUUUUUCAUCUCCUAGCUGAGGUGGGGGGCAGAGUGAAGGGGCAUUGGGGAGUGUGUAUAAAAUGACUGACAGGAGGUAAUCUGACAUCUGCGUUCAGAGCACACGCGCACACACACACACACACACACACACACACACACACACAAUCAUGGCUGAUAUCUUUCUCUUCUUCACCUCUUUCGUUGACCUGCUGAGUGUUUUCAGACCGUAUUACAGGUAAAUUAAUUUUAUAUUGUGUUUAUUUGAGUUGUUAUCUGUGUGUGUGUGUGUGUGUGUGUAUGUGGGUGUGGGUGUGUGUGUGGGUGUGUGUUUCAUCUCAACCUAUUUUCCUCUUCAUUCAAAAGAGCUCUGUGAGCUAAACCGUUCAUCACUUUAUCAGUUGAUUCAGCUGUCCAUGUGGACUAGAAAUGCGAACCAGAAAGCAGAGAUGUGAAGAAAUCCGUUUCUGUCAGUUGGGAUCCAGGAGAAGGAGGUGGAAGCUGGAGACGGCUGUUCUGCUCACCACGGCCAUUCUGUGUUUGUUAUUAUUUCUGCGAAUAGACAUUCAGAACAAGAAAUCACAAAACACAACUGACAAACCAAAGUUCAAACCUGAACCUCAGACAUCACCAGACCUGUUCCUGAGAUCAGCAAACAAAUGUGAGCGAAAUUCGUCUGCAUCCAACAUUACAGGCUUUUCCACUUUACCCAAACACAUCCAAGAUUUCCUGUUUUACCGCCACUGUCGGCAUUUCCCUAUGCUGCUCAACAUUCCUGGGAAGUGCGGCAGUCCAGAGAACACUGCAGAUGUUUUCCUGCUGCUGGCCAUCAAAAGUUCUCCACCCAACUACGAGCGGCGGGAGGUUCUGCGAAAAACGUGGGCUUCUGAGAGGCUUCAGAGUGGCGUGUGGAUCCGCACUGUGUUCAUAUCUGGAACCACAGGAGACAGGUUCGAGAAGAAAAGACUGAACAAACUCCUGCAGCUGGAGAACCGCAAGUACCAGGACAUACUUCAGUGGGACUUUGAAGAUUCCUUUUUCAACCUUACACUGAAGCAGGUCCUAUUCCUGGAAUGGAUGGAGAGGUUUUGUCCCAAUGUGCACUUUCUCCUCAACGGAGAUGACGACAUUUUCGCCAACACAGACAACAUGGUGCAGUAUCUCAAAGGGUUAGAUGAUAACGCUGGAAGCAAACAUCUAUUUAUCGGCCAGUUGAUCGAAAACACGGAUCCGGUCCGUUUCCAGGCCAGUAAAUACUACGUCCCGGUCCAAGUCUAUGAAUCAGAUAAGUAUCCUCCCUACUGCAGCGGAGGCGGCUUCCUGUUGUCUCGUUUCACUUCCAGAACCAUCUACAACAUGUCUCAUUCCAUCACCCUGGUCCCCAUCGAUGAUGUUUACAUUGGAAUGUGUCUGGAAAAGGCUGGACUUAAACCCUUGUCUCAUAUGGGAGUGAAGCCACUGGGCCUGAACAUUCCCUCAGUAAAGCUGGACCCCUACAGUCCAUGCUACUACCGUGAGGUUCUCCUGGUCCACAGGUUCCUCCCACACCAGAUUUUUAUUAUGUGGAAUGAAGUCCAUCGACAAGAUUUGGUUUGUGGAAAGAAAGCACUUAGUGAGCAGAAUGACACAAACAUGUGACACAAAAAUGAAACAAAACAAUAAAUACCAAAACAGAGGCUGAUGACACGUGCUGGUUAUGAACAUCAUUAUAGAGCAGUUACUGAGUAAAAAAUAUUACUCACUGUCAAAUUUAACACAACUGCACUCUAGUGAUGUUCAUAAACAGGGUGAUUGGCUAUAAUUCCGUAAUUUAAUUUAAUCGUUUCAACCUCAAAAUCAGCUAACGUUUGUUUGAUCACUUUUUACUGGCUCCCAACUGCUAUGAUGAGACCAAUCAGAAUCCAGCUAACUCACUACACUCUGCGCUCAGUGGAAUGUCAUUUUAUUAGCACCUUAUUUUAAUCAUUUUCACUAGAAAGGUCAUAAAGAUUUUAUGGAAACAUUAAUAAUAUGGUGAGGUUGACUUACGGUAGAUUGUGCUUUAAGAAAUAACACACUACAGACAGUGCAGUUAGAGGAAAAUGGAUUAUUUCCCCAUAACAGCACGUAUUUUAUUACUCUUAUACCACAAUUCAAUUCAAUUUUAUUUGUAUAGCGCUUUUAACAAUGGACAUUGUCACAAAGCAGCUUUACAGAAAUAAAUGGAUUCACAAAAAUAUAUUGUAAAUAUGUGAAUUUAUCCCUAAUGAGCAAGCCACUGGCGACGGUGGCAAGGAAAAACUCCCUGAGAUGAUAUGAGGAAGAAACCUUGAGAGGAACCAGGCUUAAAAGGAACCCAUCCUCAUCUGGGAUAGUGCAAUUAUAAAAAAAUCCCUUCUAUUAUUGUGUACUAUAUGGACAAAUAGUGCAAUUGUGCAACCAAUAAAUUCAUCACAGUUUUUGCAAGAAGUCCGGUUGGUUAAAAUCAGAUUGUGAGGUACCUCUUCAUAAAAUACUUAAAUUAGCACUUUCACAAAAAAAAAAAAAAAAAAAAAAAAGCACCUCCCCAACAGAGUUUUGGACUGAUGGUAUUCCUAGUUUGUGACCUAGCAAUAUCAGAAUGUAUUUUUGAUAGACUUCAAAGCACUAUUGUAAGUCGCUCUGGAUAAGGGCGUCUGCCAAAUGCCAGAAAUGUAAAUGUAAGGUAAGUUUUUGUCCUCUAAUGGUUAAGGAUAAUGUACUUUGCGUGCAGAGAGCAAGCAGGGACUCCGGCAAGACUAGCUAUGACAGCAUAACUAAAAGGGAGAGCCAGAAGCUAACACAGACAUGAGGGCACCCUGGGAUAUAAGGCAGCAGCCACUCCACCAUCCACAAACCAGAGUGAACGUGUGAGAGUGGGGGGGCGACAGCAUCCAAACAUCCCAGUUCACCACAACACUCUAUGCCUAGGAAACCCUCCAGACCUGCCCCUGUACCUAAGAAAAAACUAUUCACUAAAGGCUUGACUAAACAAAUAUGUUUUCAGCCUAGACUUAAACACUGAGACUGUGUCUGAGCCCCGAACACUAAGUGGAAGGCUGUUCCAUAACUGUGGGGCUUUGUAAGAGAAAGCUCUACCCCCAACUGUAGCCCGCAUUAUUCGAGGUACCAACAAAUAGCCUGCACAUUUGAUCUGAGUAGGUGUCGCGGAUCAUAAAAGACCAAAAGUUCACUGAUGUGGUCAUAUCUUCUGGCUCUAGUAAGGAUUCUUGAUGCUGCAUUCUGGACUAACUGGAGCUUGUUUAUGCAUCUACUGGAACAUCCAGACAGUAAGGCAUUACAAUAAUCCAACCUAGAGGUAACAAAAGCAUGAACUAGUUUUUCUGCAUCGUGUAGUGACAUUAUAUUUCUUAUCUUAGCAAUAUUUCUGAGAUGAAAGAAAGCGAUCCUAGUGAUAUUAUCUACAUGAGCUUCAAAUCAAUGACUAGAGUCGAUAAUCACACCAAGGUCUUUUACUGCUGCAUUUGAUGAAACAGAAAGACCAUCCAGAGUUAUUAUGUAAUCAGAAAGCUUACUUCUAGCUGCAUGUGGUCCUAGUACAAGUACUCCUGUCUUGUCAGAAUUAAGUAAGAGAAAGUUAAUAAGCAUCCAGGUUCUAAUGUCUUUUACACAUUCCUCAACUUUAUUAAGCUGGUGUCUGUCAUCUGGCUUUGCUGAAACAUGCAACUGUGUAUCAUCAGCGUAACAGUGGAAGCUAAUACCAUGUUUACGGAUAUUUUUGCCCAGAGGUAGCAUAUAUAGAGAAAAGAGCAGUGGGCCUAAAACAGAGCCUUGCGGGACACCAAAUUUUACCUUAGUAUGAGAAGAGAAGUCACCAUUUACGUUUACAAACUGAUAACGAUCAGUCAAAUAAGACCUGAGCCAGGAGAGGGCUGUUCCCUUACUACAUGCCUACUACAUUUUCCAGUCUAUCGAGGAGAAUAGCAUGAUCAAUGGUAUCAAAAGCUGCACUAAGGUCAAACAGCACAAGCAAGGAGACACAAUCCUGAUCAGAGGCCAGUAGUUGGUCAUUUACCACUUUAACCAGCGCUGUCUCUGUCCUAUGAUGAGGCCUAAAUCCUGACUGAUACAUUUCAUGAAUGUUAUUCCUAUGUAAGUGUGAGCAUAGCUGCUGUGCUACAACCUUUUCUAGGAUCUUGGAGAUAAAGGGGAGCUUUGAUAUUGGUCUAUAGUUGGACAGCUGUCAGGGGUCAAGGUCAGGUUUUUUAAUCAAGGGCUUGAUAACUGCUAAUUUAAAAGAUUUAGGUACAUAGCCAAUGCUAAGGGAAGAAUUGAUUAUCUUUAAAAGAGGUUUGAUUGUUUCAGGAAUUAUCUGUUUGAGGAAACAAGUAGGUAAAGGAUCUAGUAUACAGGUUGAUGAUAUGGAUGAUGAAAUUAGUGAAAUUAGUUCAGCCUCUUCAAGGGGAGUAAAAUGUUGCAAUUGUUGAUCUAAUAUUAUUAUAUUAUCAUCUACAGGGUUAGUUAUAAAACUGUCCGGUUUUAAAUUAAUAGUCUGAAUUUCUUGCCUGAUAUUUUCAAUUUUACCAUUGAAAAAAUUCAUGAGGUCAUCACUGCAAUAUAAUAACCAGUUUGUCAUUUAUUAAAGAACGACAAGUCGUACGUUUUAUCUAUUUAUAGUUACAUCACAAACUGUGGAACAUCGGCUAAGCGAGUUAGUUCCUGUUGUACUGCAGUUGUUCCCUCACCUGCCUCUCUUUUUUCUCUCUCUGGAACUUAAGUCCUUUCAGCUCACGUACACUUUGUACAUGUAACAAAAACAUAUUAGGUUUUUCCCAGAUAUGAGUGUUAGAACUGGCUAAUAUGAGGAUAUAAUAUGAAUUAAUUGUCAUGACACCUGAAUAUUCUAAUGUACUGUAUAUCAUGAAAAUGUAUGUAUGUGGAAUAAAGUGCAGGUUUGUGCAAUACAAUGCUGUGCAACCUCGAGCUGAGGUAGUUGAGUGAAAAAGCUAACAAUACAGUAAAUAUUUAUAAUUACGGGAUAUUCUGUGUGUAUUAACAGGAAUGUUGAGGGUGUGGGUGUUGUGCUAAUAAAUCCAAGGUCUGUAUUUAUAUGUGUUACAGGUGUGGGGAUGAUCACAAGAUCUGAUGUAACAUAUUUGUUGAAGAAUUUUCCUGUUAAGAUAAUAUAAGAUAAUAAUGAAAAGAA